AUGCCUAUAGCUUCUGGUCGUCGCCCUCCAUUCUCAAGGUCUCCGGAGCCCACCGCCUCAAAUUACCGGCCUAACGCCUCUCUGAAAACAUAUUAUGGGUCGGGUUCCGGGUAUCAGGAGCGGUCCCAACAAGCAGGUAAUACCGCCAAGCCCAACAUAGGCGAAACAGGGCAAAAUGAUCCCGCCGACAAUCUGAGAGAUUCGAGAGCCUCCGGAGAGCCUCCGGCUUUUCGAGCAGUACCUCACGAAGAAUUCCGCAGCAAGGACAAAGGCAAAAAGAGAGCCCCUCCGAACGAUUCUUGGUAUGAUUCGAUUCCCAACAUUCCCCCUCGCGAUCGCAGCCCAACUCCGCAGGUUGAACGUCCAACUAGAUAUGCUGGUACUCCAUCCCCUCAGGACCCAGUCUUCGACCGACCACCUUCUGCAGAGCACGUACGAAAGGACGAUGGUGCCAUGGAGCCUCCGACCUGGUCCAUCAUCAGUGGCCCUGCUACCCCAUUAUUUUACUUCCAUGACCGUUCUUCUAGCUCCACCCUUCCUGAACCCGAAGUUGCUGCGCAUUCCGACCAUGGGUACUAUGACAGUAACAAACAGCACAGUAGCAAUAUGUUUGCCGGCGAGGAUGAACAAGGCGAUGAGGAGGCCCCUGUUAGUGACGAUGCAUUUGGCGGUGAAGGACUCUCUGUGGGUGAUGAUGAAUUUGGUGGUGCGGAGGCUUAUGCGGGUGACUAUGACACAUUCGACGAUGAGAACGGGAGGGGCCAUUUUUUUGCUCAAGAGUUUCUCAAGAAAUUUGAAGAAGUUGGUCAACGACUGACCAAUAAUGUGAAUUCGAAUUUAGAGAAGAUGGUUUCUUCUUUGGAGGCGCAGAAUGCAUCCUUUGAGAGGACAUUGUCAAAUUUAGUUUUCUCUCACGACAGAACCCCUUCUGUAGCAGUUAACGCUGAUUCCGAGGUCAAGAUCACAACUCAUCCUGUUCGUAGGGAUCCCAAGAAAAUAACCUUGGCAGACUCUGUGCGGAAUCACCUUGUUCACCUUAUGGGCCCCAGAGUUCAGAACGUCGACAAAGAAGCUGCGGACCUCUUUGCCGCAACGUCAGGCCUUCGACAUGAAAGGGACGAUUGCUGCACAGCAUCCCAUUUCAGGAUCGACAUCCUCAAUGGGCCGCGUUCCCCUUGGAAUCGUUCUGCAGCUCGGGUAUUCGCAAUCGACUUCGCUCGUUUUCAUGAUUUGAAUCUUGAUGGACCCCUACUGGACGAUAUAGAAAACACAUUCUUUACGAGGGUAAAGACUUUACGUGCGGAUCACCUCAAAAGUCUUCGUCCAAAGGCAGGUAAUGAGCUCGACUCGCAGAAAGUUCGUAGAUGGCAAAGAAAACGAGGAGUUUUCCUACGCCGAUUAUCUGUCGCAUCGAAGUAUAAGCCUCUGGAGAAACACAUACGUUUUCUCCAGCGCCUCGGAGUGGACGGCAUGUCAAGCGACGAAUCGGAAGAUGAAUGUGAGACACGGAGUACCGCUGCUCUCCAACGCAGGCCCAUUUACCAUGUUACGAUGCCCCGCUGGAGGGCGCAGUCUGUCACGAGGUGGCUUCACACCCUUGAUGGGCUUCAUAUGAUUAGCCGUCGUGUCCGUCGGUCAAGGGGAGCGUUUCCUCGAAGGCGUAUCUACAGUCAAGACAGGAUCAGCAAGUCGACCAAAGUCAUCAACUGUCUCCCAUUAAAUGUUUAUGAUGACAUGUGGCUUGAGGAGCAACGGAAGGUGGAGGAUGAUCUAUUCUCCUUACGCCCGGUUCAUGUGAAUUAUGAUUUAUCCAUUGAUCCCACGAUUUACAAUUACGUCAGAAAUCUUGACCCAUCAUAUGCAGAAUACUAG